AUGCCCAUCCCCAUCAUCACCACAGCAAUAACAGAGGGCACAAACUCCAUCCCGCACCUAUGGACAGUUCUCAAAAUCCUCCCCUGGGCGGUCCUCCUCGCCGCCCUGAAAUAUUAUUUCGGGGGCGCCAGAAAUACCUCUGAGCGGUUGAUGCAUUCGAAAGUCGUUAUGAUAACUGGCGGCACAUCCGGCAUCGGCGCCCAAGUAACCUCCGCCCUGGCCUCGCGCGGCGCCCAAAUCAUCCUCCUAACACAGCACCCCCCCACGGACAUCUUCCUGGCCGAAUACAUCGAGGACCUCCGCCGCAGCACCAACAACCAACUAAUCUACGCCGAGCAAGUCGAUCUCUCCUCUCUGCACUCCAUCCGCACCUUCGCGACGAAAUGGAUCGACAAUGUGGCGCCGCGACGCCUGGACAUGGUGAUUCUCUGUGGGAAUGCGGCGCCGCCUGUAUCCCAGAAACGGAAGUUGACAGUGGAUGGCAUCGACGAGGAGUGGAUGGUGAAUUACCUAGCGAAUUUCCAUCUGUUGAGUAUCCUGUCUCCGGCGUUGCGGGCGCAGCCGGCGCAUCGGGAUGUGAGGGUUGUGUUUACGACGUGCUCGAGUUAUAUUGGGGCUAAAUGGGAUCUGAGGCAGCUACAACGGGAGAAGCCCAAGAAUAAGAAGAAGAAGACUAAGGGAGUCAGUUUGUAUGGGCUGAGCAAGCUCUCGCUUAUGGUGUUUGCGCAAUCGUUCCAGAAACAUCUGAAUUCGUUUAAGCGGCCGGAUGGACAGCCGUGCAGUGCGCGGGUGAUUAUGGUGGAUCCGGGUUUUAGUCGCACUCCGGGGAUGAGACGGUGGAUGACGGGGGGGUCGUUGUGGGGAUUGUUGGUGUAUCUGGUGACAUGGCCGGUGUGGUGGUUGGUGUUGAAGUCGCCGCAGCAGGGGGCGCAGAGUGUGCUGUAUGCGGCGAUGGAGGCGGAGUAUGGGCGUGGUGAGGGGGGUUGGAUGAUUAAGGAGUGCAAGGAAGUGGAUUUGGCAAGGAAGGAGGUGAAGGAUGAGGAGGCCGGGAAGAUGUUGUGGGAGUUUAGUGAGAAGUUGAUUGAGGCUAAAGAGAGGGAGUCGGCGGUGCGGAGGGCGUUGGCGAAUAAGGAGAAGGAGGUGGCAGAGGAGAAUGAGAAGAAUAAGGCAUCGGGGUCGGGGGCAAAGGAACAGACGCCGGGGUCGAGGAGGAGUCGGAAGGGGAAAUAG